UCUCUCUCGUCCCCAGUCCCCACCAUCAUCCCAUCCAUGAAACUGAUGACAAGGGAGAUGAAUCAAUAACUGGUCCUUGCUUUGCAUUUGCUGCUAUACAGAUAGGAGCACAUAGAUUGAGAGAGAAGAAAUAAUAGAGCGGAGUGGAGGAACGACAAGUGGAAGGAAGGAGGGUUGGUUCUCCAAGUCUAUAAAUAACCUCUCCGGUAUCCAAAAGCGACCCUCCUCCCACUCUAAGCAUCUCUCUUUCUAGAGAGGAUAGAAAGAGGCCAAGGACAGACUCCAGUUAGAAUUGCUCUCUCUCUUUUUUUUUUUCUUUUCCUCAGACUUUCUCCUUCCCCUAACCACCCCACUCCUCCACCUUCCCAUCUUAUACCGGCGAAGACAGGAUCGAAGAAGCAGCUACACUGGAGCGGCCGGAGAAGAUGGGACGGGGAAAGAUCGAGAUCAAGAGGAUAGAGAACACAACCAACCGGCAGGUGACCUUCUGCAAGCGCCGCAAUGGCCUGCUCAAAAAGGCCUAUGAAUUGUCCGUGCUCUGCGACGCGGAGGUUGCUCUCGUCAUCUUCUCGACCCGCGGCCGCCUCUACGAGUAUGCCAACGAUAGUGUGAAAGGUACUAUCGAGAGGUACAAAAAAGCAUGUACUGAUACCUCUAACUCUGGAUCUGUCUCUGAAGCUAAUUUCCAGUAUUAUCAACAAGAAUCAUCAAAACUGCGCCAGCAAAUAACCAACCUACAGAAUUCAAACAGGAAUUUGAUGGGAGAGUCUCUUGGCUCUAUGAACCUUCGGGACCUGAAGCAGCUGGAGGGUAGGUUGGAAAAGGGCAUAAACAAAAUAAGAACUAAAAAGAAUGAGUUGCUACUUGCUGAAAUUGAAUACAUGCAGAAAAGGGAGUUGGAGCUGCAAAGUGCGAACAUGUACCUAAGGAACAAGAUAACCGAGAAUGAGAGAGCACAGCAACAGAUGAAUAUGUUACCCCCGACGACUGAAUAUGAGGUCAUGCCUCCAUAUGAUUCAAGGAACUUCCUGCCAAUGAAUCUAAUGCAAAGCAAUCAGCAUUACUCUCACCAGCAGCAGACAGCUCUCCAACUUGGAUGAGACCAGGAAAUGAUCCAUGAUUGGUGGUUCUGCAACAUCAAACCUGUAGGUGUAGAGUUGGAAUACUUGAAUGUAGUAGUUUGUGGUAAGUUAUGUUGAGAACACUAAACAGAUGAUGUGGAUGAAGAUUGCCCGAGUUGGGAGCCUUUCCUCCAAAAAAGACUCAUAAGACAAUUGGGUGCAGAUUGUUAUAUAUAAACAAUUCCACUUGUAUUCUCUUAACUGCAUGCGUUCAUAUUGCAGCAUAUAGGACUUAAAUAGUGUUUUUCUUAUUUGUCGGGGUCAUUAAAGAUCAUGUUAUUUUCUUGCUUUUAUUGUUGCAGGAUACUCAUGGGAUAUUAGCAAUCUUAAUUUCCCCUUUUUUUUUUGAGAA